UUGCAUUUAAGCACAAAUUAACAAAUCAAACAAACAAAACAGUGUAAUUAAAUUAAAAUAGCGCAUACGACGCGUUGGACACGCGGCUACAAAAUGUCAACGCGAAUGUUUUGAGUGAAAUGCCAACGAGUGUGUGCAUUGAACAUUGAUAAAUUGAUUUACAUAUGCAAAACAAUUGAAAAAACAAAGCACACAAACAAAUAAACAGAGCAAAAGCAACAGCAACAUCAACAACAACAACAGCGCGUACAAAAUGCCGGCGUCAAGUGGAUUAUAUCACAUCAAGCGCGGGCGUGUCCUUGACAGCGCGCAAAAAAGCACGACGCUCAUUUUUAUAGCAUUUAUGGCGGCAUGCAGCACUUGCGGCAACAACAUGACAGCAGCAACACCAGCAGCAGCACCAGCAACAGCAACAGCAGCAAUAACAAUGGCGCCACAUAGCGGAGCAGCUGGCAGGCCAAGUGAAGAAUUACCACAGCGUAUAAAUCAAAAUUUAAUUAUGUCGCCAAGACUUGCCGACGCCUCGACAGCCGCAUUGACAGCUUCAGCUUCAGGCGGUGGCAGCAGCAUCACCAGCUUCGAUUCGAAUCGCUUGCAUGAUGAGAAGCAGCAGCAGCAGCAGCAGCCGCCCACACACCUGCAACAGCAAUUGGAGCAGCUACAGCAGCAUCAGCACUCACGCAUACAAGCCAAAGAUACCGCAGGGCCUUAUCCGUUGUCGCCGCAGCGUCCGGAGCCCGUUGAGAAUCACCUGGAGGCGACCAAUGGCAAUGGCAAUGGCAUCGAUGGUGCCGAUAAUGUCUUCGGCACGCCCAUGUACUUCGGCACCGAGAACUCCACGCUGGUCACCACCCAAAUUGGCGCCACCGCUCACGUGCCCUGCACCGUUCAUCACAUUGGCGAGGGUGUGGUAUCCUGGAUACGCAAAAAGGAUUAUCAUCUGCUUACGGUCGGCUUAACAACCUACAGCAGCGAUGAGCGCUUCAGCGCUACGCACUUGAAACACUCUGAGGACUGGACGCUGCAGAUCAAAUUUGUGCAGCUACGCGAUGCGGGCGUCUAUGAGUGCCAAGUGUCGACGCAUCCGCCAACAUCAAUAUUUUUGCAUCUGAGUGUUGUCGAAGCACGCGCUGAAAUAUCAGGACCGCCCAUACGUUAUCUAACGCCAGGCUCGCUGCUGCGCCUGCAGUGCCGCGUGGUGCAGAAUACUGAAGCAUCGGAAUAUAUAUUCUGGUAUCACGACAACCGCAUGAUUAAUUAUGACAUUGAUCGGGGCAUUAAUGUGUCAACCGAACCAGACUUUCAAUCAUCGGAGCUUACAAUACAGCGCACUCGACGCGAGCACUCGGGCAAUUUUACGUGUGUGGCCAGCAACACGCAGCCGGCGAGCGUAUUGGUGCACAUAUUCAAAGGCGAUAAUCCAGCGGCUAUGUAUCAUGGUCAUGUGGGUGGCUCAACCAAAACAACGCAAUGCCAUUUGCACAAUCUGAUGGCCAUCAUUGCCAUUGGCUAUCGGAUAUUCCACACAAGUGUAUAUAUGAAGAUUGUCUAAUUGUCUAACAUAAGCAAAUGGUAAACUGCAUUUUGUAACUAUUGUCAUCAUUAGCUAUAGAACUAUUUACACACACACACACAUACAAACAACUUUUGCAAGCAUUAGACAUAAAUAAUAUAAAUUAAGCCAUCAAAGCACAUCAUCUUUCAACACUUUCUACUCUCCCCAUCUCUUGCUAAUCACAGCAUAAAGCAUAGAAAUAGAUUUGUUUAUGCCACUCAUUGUAUUAUGUUUAUUUAAAGCUUAACUUAUGCUUAAGCUACAUUUGUUGUUUGAGUUUGCUCAGUUACUUAUUAACAUUGCAAUCAAAGAAUUGCAAAAUUAUUGCAGCUAGCUCAAUAUAAUUGAUAUUAAAUUUAAUCUUUUAAGUACUGCGAU